AGUUGAUUGAUUGCUAAUCGGUUAAAGACUCAUCGGUAAUCGAUUACUGAUUUGUCUCUUAGACGCCGUUUACUCCGACUAACCUUCGUCACCACGUCCGCAAGGUUCACAAGAUGGAGCUUAAGAGUCCACUCCAGGUCCUAUUGGGAUGCAUAUGUCGGUUACGGUUGAAAGUAGGCUAUAUCGGAGUGCUUAAUAGUAGAUCGAUUGCUAAUCGAUCUAAUGUAGCUUACUACACCGACAUGGUUGAUCGUAUUACUCAGUACCGCGAGGAGAACAACCUGACGGAGGAGACCGACGCCCUUGAGGGUAGGGAUGGCUCUCCUACAGGCCGUCCUUCCCCGCCUCCAGCUCCUUCUACCACGCCCAUGAAGCCGCGCUCGAAGCGACCUAGCGAGGUCAAUUCAAAGGACGAUGCUAGCCCUAACAAGAUACCGAUCCGCCUUAAGACUGGCAAGCUUGAUACUAUCUCAAUGCGAAAGAUUGCUGGCUUUUUCGGGACCGCUUGCCCUACCUGCAAGGCUGCUGGUAAAAAGGCUAAUCAAUGCCCCCCUGAGAAGAAGGACAACGCUAAGGGCUGCCUAGUCUGGCAGUGUGAAGGUGUCAGGGUACGGCUAGGCCGAAGGCAAUAGUACAGAGUGAUGGGGAGUAACGGGCGUCCCUCCUACGUAGCACCGGGUGGUCACUGGCGGUCUCAG